AACCGUUCCGUUGAAAGAAAUCAAAACCCAAAACUAACUCCCCUGAGCGCUCUCUCUCUCUCCCAGUUAAAAAGUACCCAUAGUCUACCACCAGUUUAUGCUGUGCAAACUCCUCCGACCGGCGACUACGACGGCAUCAGCAAUUUAGAGUCGGCGACUCCUCUUCCGUCCCUCCCUAGAUGAGCCGAUCAAGUGAAGCAGCCGCCAUGAAGCGGAAAAGACCGGAUUCAUCUACACUUGUAGAUGCUGAGCUUAUAGUGCUUAAUGUCGUCAAAAGUAAAAAAAAUCUGGGCAUCUGGGUAGCAGACGUGAAAAAAGAGGCAAACCUCGCACCAGCUCUUGUCGAUAAAUCCCUAAUUUCAUUGGUUAAAAAGAAUUUGAUAAAACAAGUUCCUACUAUCCAAAAUAAGGCAAAGAAGCAUUACAUGGCUGUUGAGUAUGAACCUUCGGAGGAACUGACAGGUGGAGCAUGGUAUUCAGAGGGAAAACUUGACAAGGAAUUCAUCACUGUUCUUAGAGAGACGUGCCUCAAGGUCAUUGGAAUGAUGAAAGUUGCUACUGUGGAGGGAAUCCAUGACUUUCUGAUGAAACGAAAAGUUGUUGAAUGUUGCACAAGUCAACAAGUUGGGGAAAUAUUGAACUCUAUGGUUCUAGACAAUGCUAUUAUAGAGGUAAAGAGUACUGGAUUGGGAGAAUAUCAUUCUAUUCCUGUUGGAUCGGUUUGUUAUAGAACUGCAGUCGGAGAUGCUUCAGGUCCGAAAACAAUAGGGCCAAUGGCUUCGAUUCCAUGUGGUGCUUGCCCUAGGAUUAGUCUAUGUACACCAGAUGGAAUUAUAUCUCCGAAAACCUGUGUCUACUUCACUAAAUGGUUGAACUUUGAAUUCUGAUGGACUAAAACAAUAGCCCACCAUAGGACCGGCAGGUGCAAACAGCAACCAAUUAUACUGGUGAUAGGCAAUGCAUAUGAAUGUACGAAUGCAAUAAAAACCAGUGUUGCCAUCAGUGAGUUUCUUGUUUUGUCUUUUGGUUUUUGAUGAAACCAACUUCCUGAUCAACUAUUUUGAAAUACAUACCCCUUUUGGAAGUUUCAAGAUUUUAUUAAAAUGUUUGAACUCUGUUGGAAAAAUUAUCUGAUCAUGUUGUAGCUAAUGUGUAAUGGCCUCUCUGAACUCUGAAGUGUGAUGGCAACUUUCACAACUUUUGACAUAUAUCAAAUUGUUAUCAGGUAGCUAAAUGUCAUUUGAACUA